AUGGAGAAGAGGGUAGAAAAAAAUGGAGAAGGCAAAAGCGUGGCCACAAUUCUAGCCAUUGGCACUGCAAAUCCACCAAAUUUCAUCCUUCAGUGUGAUUAUCCUGACUUCUACUUCAAGGACGUUAACAUUAAUAGUGAUGAUGAUCUACAACGCUUGAAGCUAAAGUUCAAACGCAUAUGUGACAAUACAAAGAUUGAGAAACGACACGUUGUUGUGACCGAAGAAUUUCUGAAACAGAACACAGAAAACGGAAACUAUGAAUCUCUGUCAUUAGAAAAACGACUAAAACUACCAACCGAAGAGGUAGUGAAACUAGCCAAAGAAGCAUCAUUGAAAGCCAUAAAAGAAUGGGGACAACCAAUAUCAGAAAUCACACAUCUCAUCUUCUACACAACUUCAUGCUUUGGAAGCGUUCCCGGUCCAGAUUCUCGCAUCGCCAAACUCCUCAAUCUCAAACCAACCGUUAACAGACUCAUGAUGUUUGUUCACGGUUGUCACGCUGGCGGCACCAUUCUCCGUGUUGCCAAAGACAUCGCGGAGAAUAAUGUCGGUUCGCGUGUUCUUGCGGUGUGUUCAGAAACAAUGUUAGCUUCAUUUCAGACUCCCACAUCUGGUUUUAAUACUGACGUUCUUAUAGGACAUGCUCUUUUUGGAGAUGGUGCUGCUGCUAUGAUUAUUGGUUCUGAUCCUAAUCUUUCUAUUGAAAAACCAGUUUUUGAAAUUGUUUCAGCUUCACAAACAACUGUGCCUGAUACUGAGAAUAUGAUCAGAGGACAACCUGGUCAAAUGGGAAGACUUGUUUAUCAUUUAGAUAAAAAUCUUCCAAAUAUUGUGGCUAACAAUGUGGAGAAGUGUUUAAUUGAUUUUUUUAAUGAAGAUUUUGAUUGGAGCAAGUUGUUUUAUGCAAUUCAUCCUGGAGGACCACUUGUAUUGAGUAAGGUUGAAGAGAAGCUUGGAUUGAAUGAUGAAAAGUUGAAGGAAAGUUGGGGUGUGUUGAACGAGUAUGGGAAUAUGUGGAGUCCAACAGUGAUUUUUAUAUUGGAUGAGAUGAGGAAGAGGUCUAAGAAUGAAGGGAAAGGGACAACUGGUGAAGGGUUGGAGUGGGGUGUUUUGUUGGGGUUUGGUCCUGGUGUGGCUAUUGAGACUGUGUUGUUGCAUAGUGUCUCAUGUGUUAAUCAAUAA